CCAGCAAAAGCGACGACAAAAGCUGUGAAACUGCAAACAGCAUCUUUGCUUCCGUACUUCAUCGUGGCCAUGGCCGUGGCGGAGGCGGCGGUCGUCGGCAUCGGCAACCUCGGACUCGGAAUUCCGUCGUCCGAAUCGGAAACAAGAACGUCGGACCGAGGAGGUUCGAACGCCAUGGAUCACCCAAAGGAGGUGGUGGAGAUGGACGGCUUGCCCGAGGGGUGCGUCGCCCACAUCAUCUCCCUCACCACUCCUCGCGACGCCGCCCGCUGCUCCGCCGUCUCGCGCGCCUUCCACUCCGCCUCCGACUCCGACGCCGUCUGGCGCAAGUUCCUGCCUCCCGAUCUCGACCUCAUCGUCUCGACUUCGCCGCCGCCGUCGCCGCCGCCGCCUCUUGGGCCCCCGCUGACCAGGAAGAAGGACGUCUUCCUCCGUCUCUGCGGCCCCCCUCUCCUCAUCGACUCCGGUCGCAAGAGUUUUGCACUUGAAAAAUGGAGUGGGAAGAAGUGUUAUAUGAUUGGCUCCAGAGAUCUGUCUAUAGUAUGGGGUGACACUCCUCGCUUCUGGAGAUGGAGUUCGCUCCACGUCUCAAGAUUCCCAGAGGUGGCAGAGCUACUUAGAGUAUGCUGGCUCGAGGUUCACUGGAGACGCGACUUCUGUCUGCUGACACAUAUUGUGCAGCUUACUUUAUCUUCAAGUUUGUGCAUGAGAACUAUGGCUUUGAGAAUCAAGCAGUGGAAGUGUCCAUCUUUUCUGGUUCCGCGGGUGAGCGAGGCACUAUUUAUUUGGAUCCUGACGGGAGGUUGAGACAGCAAUAUCAAACCUGGCGGUAGAGAUUACCUCAUAUUGCCAGUGAUGCAUUCGCGGCAAGAGUCGUUGAGGAUAGUGAGAAACAAAUUCCUCAGGACAGAGGAGAUGGGUGGAAGGAGGUCAAUCUGGGCGAGUUUUUCGUGAGCGACCCUCCAACUGGGGAGGUUCAAAUAAACUUGAUGGAGGUGAAAAGUGGUAACUGGAAAUCCGGGCUAGUCAUCCAGG